GAAUGAAUUCGUAAUAAAUUUAUGUAAUGUAUGUGCAUCCGAUUUUUCAUUGUCAUUAAAAUAAAACGGUUUUUGUUGGAGUGUUGGCAUAACACCUCGCCAUUAACAAUUAACGCUACAUUAUUGUUGUAAAUUAAAAAUAGACCGAAUUUCGUAAGCCAGCCCAACUAACUGCAAUAUUUUCUUCACGUUACGAAGGCAAACAAAUUCACGAAUAGUGUAUCGAAAAACUAACACGAAAUCCGCUUUGUUUGAUAUUUAUUUGUUCCGUUAUCAACGCUGCACCGUUCCGAGUCGAUGGUAUCACUUUGUUUCCGUUCUCUCGCCGGUUUUAUACAAGAUGAUAAUCUACGAGGAUUGCAAACUUUUCUUGAAAGCAGACAAGCGCAAGUCGACGAUAAAGACGAGAAUGGAACGACAGCUCUUAUGGUGGCAGCAUCUAAAGGCAGAUCGGCAAUGGUGCGGGAAUUGCUGACCCACGGCGCCGAUCCCAAUGCGGAAGACAACGACUCCUGGUCGGCGCUGUUGUGCGCAGCGAAAGAAGGCCACACCGACAUCGUCUUGCAACUGUUAGAACAAAACGCCGCCAUCGAUCAUCGAGAUAUAGGCGGAUGGUCGGCUCUGAUGUGGUCGACGUACAAAGGUCGAGUGGAAACCGCCCUGAUGCUGGUAGAAAAGGGCGCCGACGUCAACGCCCACGGGAAUUUCCACAUUUCCUCGCUUCUGUGGGCCUCCGGCAGGGGAUACGCGCAAAUCGUCGAAUGCCUUCUCAAUCACAAUGCCAAAGUCAACGUCGGAGACAAAUACGGUACUACGGCUCUAGUGUGGGCCAGCCGUAAGGGUUAUACGGAUAUCGUCGAUUUGCUGUUAAAAGCAGGUGCGAACGUAGACACAGCAGGCAUGUAUUCCUGGACGGCUUUAUUGGUAGCGACUUACGGCAACCACGCGGACGUUGUUAAUUUACUACUAGAACACAAACCCAACGUCAACGCUUUGGACAAAGACGGUUGCAGCCCUUUAACGAUAGCUUGUAAAGAAGGCUAUUACGAAAUCACUACGUCUCUGAUGGCUGCCGGUGCUUACAUUAACAUUCAGGAUCGAUCCGGCGACACGAACCUCAUCCACGCGGUGAAAGGCGGCCACAGGGGGGUGGUGGAAGUGCUGUUGAAGAAAUUCGCCGACGUCGAUAUACUGGGCAAAGAUCGCAAGACGGCCGUCUACGUGGCCGUGGAAAAGGGCAACGUGAACGUGCUGAAGCUGCUGCUCACCUGCAAUCCGGACCUGGAACUGGCGACCAAAGAUGGCGACACGCCUUUGCUGAAGGCCGUGCGAUCGAGGAACACGGAAAUCGUGCAAUUGCUCAUCGAUAAAAAGGCGAAAGUGUCGGCGGCCGAUAAGAAAGGCGACACCGCCCUGCACAUUGCCAUGAGGGCCAGAUCGAAAGGUAUUGUCGAGGUGCUGCUGAGGAAUCCGAAGAACAGUCAAUUACUCUACAGGCCGAACAGAGCCGGGGAAACGCCUUACAACAUCGAUAUUAAUCACCAGAAGACUAUUUUGGGGCAAAUAUUCGGCGCUAGAAGGCUGAACACGAACGAAGACAAUGAAAACAUGCUCGGCUACGAUUUGUACAGCAGCGCCCUGGCGGACAUUCUCAGCGAACCGUCGCUCUCGAUGCCGAUCACGGUCGGCCUCUACGCCAAAUGGGGCAGCGGCAAGUCCUUCCUGCUGAACAAACUCCGCGACGAGAUGAAGAACUUCGCCCGCGAAUGGGUCGAUCCCGUCUUCCAGUUCUCCAUGUUGCUGUUCGUCAUCCUGUUGCACGUCGCCGUCGUGACGGCCACCGUCGUCGGUCUGUCGUCGCGCUCCUGGGUGGGCGGCGUCUCCUUCAGCGUGGCCUUUCUCUUCCUCAGCUACGUCGUGCUGGCGAUGAUCUGGUUCGCCAGCAAGAAGUACGAUUGGGACUGGGCGUACAAUUUCAAUGUGAGAUUGACGAGGAAAAUGAACAAUCUGCGGCUGGUGUUGCAGAUAUUGUUCUGCCAUCCGCCGGGGGCGUCGAACGACGGGAUGGCCGCGCAGCCGAUACGGUUUUUCUUUACCGAUCAAACGAGGGUGAGUAGUACAGCGGGCGGUGAAAAUUCCGUUGUACAGAUGGUUGGUUCGUUGUACGAUGCUAUAGAGGCUCAAUUCGGUUCGUUUUCUACUAGAUUGUAUCGCGCUUUUAGGCCCAAACCAAUAAGAAGUUCCUCUAGUUGGACGUGGAGAAAAGUAUGCUGUGUACCGUACGUAGUAUUUUUCGAAGUAUCUUUUUUGAUGAUAUUAAGCGGUUCGUGUGCCUUGAUUAUUUAUAUCAUUCAUGUUAGUUCGUCUUCGCAAAUAUUGGAAGUAUCAGAUUUCUCUCUCAAGAUGGUACUAAUCGUCGCGGCGCUGUUAUUAGGCGUCGCUUGUUUAGCGAAUAUGUACACGUGGACGAGAUUGUUGAAGGCUCUAUUUUUCUCGCAAAGGAGACACCUGCAAAGAUCCAUCGCUAAAUUGGAGACGCUUAAAUCCGAAGGGUUCCUUCAAACGCUUAGACAAGAAGUAAAUCUAAUGAAAGACAUGGUGAAAUGUUUGGAUAGCCUAAAUUGCCAACAAACCAGGCUCGUUAUCGUGGUAGACGGAUUGGAUAGUUGCGAACAGGAUAAAGUACUGCUCGUUUUGGAUACCGUACACAUGUUAUUUUCAGAUGCAAAUACCCCUUUUAUUGUGAUAUUAGCGAUAGAUCCUCACGUUAUUGCCAAGGUUGCUUGGGAGAAGGCUGUAGAAAUUAAUACUAGAAGACUAUUUAGUGAAAACAAUAUCGGAGGGCACAAUUAUUUAAGCAAUAUGGUCCAUCUGCCGUUUUAUUUGCAAAAUUCCGGAUUAAGGAAGGUCAAAGUGGCCCAAGCGACGGCCUUGGCUCACCGAAAACAGGCGGUGGGUUGGACUGAAAACGAAGAGAAUCUCAACAGCUUUUUAGCUCGAUCGUCGUCGAGCAGAAGGCUGUCCACGGACAAAGGGCUGAUGUCGAGCACCGAAAAUUUGGGCAAAUUUCCCGGCAGGAAGGGUUCGAGGAAAUUGAAAAUGUCCGAAUCGAUAGCCAGCUCGAUCGGUUCGAAUUUGAAUCGCAUCGGCGGCGCUCAGGAUCUGACUAAAAUGCUGCUCACCGACGAUUAUUUCAGCGACGUUAAUCCGCGUUCGAUGAGAAGACUGAUGAACGUCGUUUACGUUGCUGGUCGGUUACUUAAGGCAUUCCAAAUCGAUUUUAAUUGGUACAGGCUAGCAUCGUGGAUAAAUAUCACUGAACAAUGGCCGUUUAGAACCUCCUGGAUAAUCCACCAUUUCGAUAUGUACGAGGAGAAUCUCGACGAUAACACUUCCUUGAAAUCUAUAUACGAUAAAAUUCGCCCGCAUAUUCCUGUUAUGAAAGACGCCGAACCUUUAUUAGAGCUGGAUAGAGACGAGAAAAAAUUCGAUAUAUUUUUGGGUUUCCAUCGAUCCAGUUUGCUGGUUAGCGAUCUGAAAAUAUUCCUUCCGUUUACGAUUAAUUUGGAUCCGUACUUAAAAAAAAUCAUCAAAGAAGAGAUGCAAUGUUUGGAAGAUGACGGAUUGAUGAUAGGUAAAAAUACGACUAUGCAAUCUGGCAUGAACAUGAGCGAUUCGUCCACUCCUCGAUCGAUAUUGUCGAAAAGAGUCCGUCAUUCAGCGAAAACUGUGAAUUUACACCAGCAAAACGCCCAUCCAGCUAUGAUGGGCCAAGUCCCGCCGGGUUGGCAAGCUUGGCAGGAUUCGAUAGUGUACAGAUCUCAAAUGCCUCUAGCGCCUGUCACAGUAGCCGAGCCGGAGAUUUUAGAAACUAAACUAUCGACAUUAUCCGUGGACGGGGUCGUUAAAUUGUUAACAGGCAUGAUCGAUAUUAAUCCCCAUUCGGUGGGCGAUUACGUUAAAACGAUAAGGGAACAUAACAUCAACGGUAGAGUUUUGUUGCAUUGCGAUUUGGACGAGCUGAAAAAGUUGUUGAAAAUGUCGUUCGGCGAUUGGGAGAUGUUCAAAGUUAUGUUGGUCAUACUGAGAGAGCAGGAAAUUUCCAGCGUGCUGCGACAGGACGAGAUCAAGCCCAUUAGAUUGCUAAAACCGGUCGAAAGAAAAAAUUCUGUAGGUAAAGGACCUAGUUGUAGUAGCGAGAAAGAAAAACUACAAGAUGAUGGAAGGCAAAGGAAACAGAGUAUUAUUGAAAAACAGGUAACUUUAGAAGAUCAAAUGAUAUGCGGCGCGUUGCAAACGUUGAACGAGGAAGCCUGCGAAGAUGUAUUAGAGGAAACGGAAGAAACGAAGAUAACGAUCGAGCCCGAUGUACCGCAAACUUCAGUAAUACCGCCCAGUCCCGACUCAAAUCAAGAUCUCCUACCUAGAGGUUAUCGAUCUCGCACGAACAGCUCGAGCGGCAUUGGCGAGACAGAUUUUGUUUUGUUGCAAUCCUCUCCUGUAGGUCACAUGCACUGGCAGCCUGUCAGUAUUAGCAUCGCCGGUAAUUCCGAAAGCCUCAGCUUGAGCGAUCAGAGUUCUAGAUGCAGCUCGCAACCGCCCUCGCCCGUUCCAGAGAGAAAAGCGUCGGCAGGCAGCAUCGGUAAAUACUCGAACUUGAAAUCCAACGAUAGUUUGAACAAGAGUCGACACGUCGUGAUUAAACCGGCUUAUCCCGAAGCCAUCCCGACUCCCCGCAUAUGCAUAAACCCAUCGGGGACGUCGGUUUUGUACGAAACCCCCGCCACAACCAAAACCCCUCUUCUACAGGAGUACAAAACCACCGCCUCUCAAACGAAACGACCCAGUUCCUUGAACUUCAACCGGUCCGAAAGCAGGCACGCGAAGCUGCGAGCCAGGUCGAAGUCCAUCGAGAGCAAUCAGAGAGAGGAGAAAACCGCGGAGAGGCGAAACAGCGACGCGAUACUCAAGCUCAAAGAGAAGCUGCUGCACUCCAGCCCCGAUUUGAACGAGACCAGCGACAACGAGAGCACCCCUUUGGUUUCGGAGCUGUCCACGCCGUCGAAAUCGGGCCAGAGCUCGGAGAUCAAGAGCCCCAGCCCGCUGACGCCCGAGAAGCCCUUUAAGUUCACGAGGAGCGAGCAGAAUGUCACCGAUCCCGCGGGGGCUAGCCCCAUCAACAACGGUCAAGGGGCGAGCAAAUGCGGGGAGAGGCGCAGGACGUUGUCGGACGAUUUCAGCACGUCGGCUUCCUUACAUUUGGACUGUUUGGACCGGAGUACGAGCAAUUACAGCCUGCACAGUUCGGGGCAUUUGUCGCGACAGAACGCCUUGGAUUCCGAGGAGAACCUGACGGAUAUUUAUUGUCAUCCCGGUAGUAAGAACGAUUGAAUUUUUAUGUACUUAGCCAUUAUUAGCGCGGUAAAAUUAGUGCCGAAUGAUCGUCAUGAGAUGACGCGAGAGGGUAGUUUUGGGUUUGGGUAACGGUUUUUAAUGCGGGUACCUAUUCAUCUAAUUCUACUGGGCUAAAGUGAAAUUGCAGUAUUUUUUAGAUUAAGCAGAACCUAUCGUUUACCAAUUGUUGUGAUUUGAGUAAUUUUAAGGAAAUUAUAUUUUGAAAGAAUGUAAUAAAAAUUGUUGUCUUUAAAAAUAAAGUUUAUUCUUCUUCCAAG